ACAGGCUGGAAAACCGGUGUAAUUCGCACAAUCGAGGAAAAAAUAAAAAGACCGCUGCAGUGGGGAGUUUGUCUUUUGCAUUUGAACGAAUUGCCGUUCAGGCACUUGUUUCAAACUUUGGACGGUGAAACGACUGGCCCAAAAUCUUUUAGUGGUUAUUGGCUCACAACUCAGAAAUUGUGAAAAACUUCCAGUAGUAAAAUUUCAAAUCAUUGAUUGCGAGAUUCCAGACAUCGAUAGCAAAAUCUUAAGUAAAGACCAACAAUAUCUCCUGGAUGUAAGUUUGGCUAUCAAGUCAGGCACCUGCACAAUAGACUUCCCGAUGGCUGACAACAGCGAACAGAGUUCUUCGUCUUUAUAUGAGCGUUGAAAGUCCCUCUGAAGAACAUCUUAUUUUGGUACAAUUUAUACUUAAAUCUUACAUGCCUGUAUGGUUUAAGAUAAAAAAAAAAAACUUGAUAAAGGUGGUUGAUCCAGUAAUUGAAAGGAAUGCGUUUUUCGCGCAUCCAGAAAACUUGCUCCUCAGUAUGAUUGUUGAUGAAAGGGCCCAUAUCAGAGAGUUGGGGCUUAGAAGAAUCAUAAAAUCAAGGACCGUAGCUUCCAAUAAAAAGCUAGUCCGAACUUUUAAACCCCCAAAACUCAACUUCCAGGCAAACGAAUAUUAUGAAAUUAUUGAUUGGACUACUACUGCUAUUUCUCCACCACCGUUGUUGCGAAGAGUAUCUGACGAAGAAAUGUGGGCCAAAAUUUCAACUGCCAACACACCAGAAGAAUGGAAUUUCCAUAAAUUUCCGUGUCACACGCAAGCGGUGGAGUGCUGUGUGAAAUUGGUAACUGAAGCCUCCUCAAAACUCGUUGGUGCCAAGAACAGAGAUGGAUUCAUAAGAACAACGCUGCUAUCAAGAGCUUCAAUGCCAAGUUUUUCAAGCAAGCAAGAUUUUAAAGUUCCAAACAUUUAACGGACUAUUCUGUGAGUCUGGGAAUUGACAAUUCGUAAAUUUUGUAAUUUUGUAAUUAAUAAACUCAUUUGGAUAAAUGUAAAUUGCCUAUUUACCAACAUUAUAUUUCUAAAAAUAACACAUGAGUAGUGGGUUUAAAAAAAUUAGUUGCUGCACUACACUAUAAAAGUGGUUAGCACUCGAAAAGUGAUCAAUUAACUAUAUUGAAGGCCUUGCGCUA